AUGGAGUCAGUAUUGUGUCUGUUAAAGUGCCAUCGACUCUUGCUCACAAUCGCUGUGCACUACACGCUGACAUAUGCAUUGAAGGGUCUAAGGCUGGUGUCUGGGGAAUCUAGGAAGCUUGUCACUAUCCAGUGCCACUGUACCCCCUUGCCCAUCAACAGGCUCCAGAGGAAGUACUGAUGUCAACUAAGACCUCUGACUUGGAUCUGGCCCAUCAUUGUGUCCACCAGCCACAACACUGACCCUCACUACCAUGGCCAUGUGACGCUAGCAGAUUUCCCACAGAAUGGCUUGUUUGUGGUGACAUUGUUCCAGCUGUCCCUGAAUGAUGGGGGGCACUAACGCUAUAGUAUUGGAGACAGAAACAAUAUGCUGUUCUUCAACGUGAACCUGACCAUAUCUGCAGGUAUGAGCUGA